UUAGCUCACACCAGCAGCACAGCAGCGUUCUUCAGACUGAGACACCGGACGCACGGAAGUCUCGCAGAGAUUUAUAUAGGGCUUGUGGUCAGAAUCGAGACGAGAGUUGAUUCAUUCAGGAAAUGAAGCAGUUGCUGCUUCGGACGUCACAUGUCACGUGAUUUGAAGCAAGCUUAGGAAGUCCAGGGUUUGAAGCACGAAUCGAAGCUUCACUGUCAAACUGCCAUCACUAGGUGAGACCACUUCACCUGGAGAACAAGAACCCUGAAGACAGGAGUCUGGAGGAGAGGAGGAAAUCAAAGAAACAUCAAAUCCCAACUAAAAAAGAAAUGGCAGGACGAAUGGGACGGAGGAGACAGAGGAGACAGAGGAGUUAAGGGCGGGUUCAAGUUGGAGAAACAAGAGAAGUCAACAGAAGUCAAAAAAGAGGAGGACAUAAUUUCAAGAAGGAGAUGUGGUCACACAGGAGGGCUAAAUAACACAUUAUCCGUUAUGAAAAAACAUGCAACAGGUAAAUGUGGGGGCUCUGCUAUGGAUCAGUGUGAGGACAGAGAGGAGGAAGCCUCCCCCUCUAAAAGCUCUGGGGAACAUGACAGCCAGACCAAAGCUCAGAGCCCAGAGCAAACACCACAUUCUGCUGGACCUGAACCUGGACCUAUGACCAGUAACCAGCUUACUGCAAGAGACCAGAACCAGGGAGAACAGACGGAGACACCUAGAAAAGUCCUAUUAAGAAUUGUGCAAAGUUUGGGGGAAAAGGACUUUAAAGAAUUCAAGUGGUGCCUGCAGGAGGAGGUCCUAGGAUUCCCAGGAAUCCCAAAGAGUCAACUAGAGAAAGCAGACCGGAUGGACACAGUGGAUCUGAUGUUUCUGUACCACUGCGUGAACACCAGUAAAGUGACCAGAGAAGUUUUGAGGGAGAUAAAUCAGAAUUAUCUUGAAGAGAAAUUAUCAAAGAUCCCAUCAGACCCUAAAGAGAUUCUCACUAAGUGCCAAGGUGAACUCAAAUCAAACCUGAAGGAAAUAAUUGAACUUUUCAAAUGUAUGGAAAAAUCUGAACUCCUACAUGAAAUCUACACGGAGAUCUACAUCACCAGGGGAGACACCACAGAGGUCAUCAAGGAACAUGAGAUCAGACGGAUCGAACAAGCAUCCAGUAAACCAGACAGACUAGAAACAGCCAUCACACAAGAAGACCUCUUUAAAGCCCCACCUGAAAGAGGCAAACCAAUCAGAGCAGUGCUGACAAAGGGAGUGGCUGGCAUUGGGAAAACAGUCUUAACACAGAAGUUCACUCUGGACUGGGCUGAAGGCAAAGCCAACCAGGACAUCCAGUUCAUAUUUCCAUUCACCUUCAGAGAGCUGAAUGUGGUGAGAGAGAACAAGUACAGCUUGGUGGAACUUGUUCAUCACUUCUUCCCUGAAACCAGAGACGCAGGAAUCUGCAGGUUCGAUCAGUUCCCGGUCGUGUUCAUCUUUGACGGUCUGGAUGAGAGUCGACUUCCUCUGGACUUCCUCAACACUGAGAUUCUGACUGAUGUCACAGAGUCCACCUCAGUGGAUGUGCUGCUGACAAACCUCAUCAGGGGGAAGCUGCUUCCCUCUGCUCACCUCUGGAUAACCACACGCCCUGCAGCAGCCAAUCAGAUCCCUCCUGAGUGUGUGGACAUGGUGACAGAGGUCCGAGGGUUCACUGACCCACAGAAGGAGGAGUACUUCAGGAAGAGAUUCAGAGAUCAGGAGCAGGCCGGUACCAUCAUCUCCCACAUCAAGACCUCACGAAGCCUCCACAUCAUGUGCCACAUCCCAGUCUUCUGCUGGAUCUCUGCUUCAGUUCUGGAGGACAUGUUGAAAACUGAGGGAGGAGAGCUGCCCAAGACCCUGACUGAGAUGUACAUCCACUUCCUGGUGGUUCAGUCCAAAGUGAACGUGAAGUACCAGGAAAAAAGUGCAACACAUUCACAAUGGAGUCCAGAGAGCAGGAAGACGAUGGAGUCUCUGGGAAAGCUGGCGUUUGAGCAGCUGCAGAAAGGCAACCUGAUCUUCUAUGAGUCCGACCUGACAGAGUGUGGCAUCGAUAUCAGAGCAGCCUCAGUGUACUCAGGAGUGUUCACACAGGUCUUUAGAGAGGAGAAAGGAACGUACACGAACAAGGUGUUCUGCUUCAUCCAUCUGAGCGUUCAGGAGUUUCUGGCUGCUCUUCAUGUCCAUCUGACCUUCAUCACCUCUGGAGUCAACCUGCUGUCAGAAGAACCAACAACCUCCUGCCUGCCUAAAGUCUUCAGACCAAAACUAACACAUCUCCACCAGAGUGCUGUGGACCAGGCCUUACAGAGUCCAAACGGACACCUGGACUUGUUCCUCCGUUUCCUCCUGGGUCUUUCAUUGGAGACCAAUCGGACCUUAUUACAGGACCUGCUGACACAGACAGGAAGUAGCUCACAGACCAACCAGAAAACAGUUGAAUACAUCAAGAAAAAGAUAAGAAAGAACCCGUCUCUGGAAAAGAGCAUCAACCUGUUCCACUGUCUGAAUGAACUGAAUGAUCGUUCUCUAGUGGAGGAGAUGCAGCGGUACCGGAAUUGGGACCCAUGGUGCGGUUUCUCCACAGAUAAACUGUCUCCUGCUCAGUGGUCAGCUCUGGUCUUCAUCUUACUGUCAUCAGAAGAAGAUCUGGACGUGUUUGACCUGAAGAAAUACUCUGCUUCAGAGGAGGCUCUUCUGAGGCUGCUGCCAGUGGUCAAAGCCUCCAGGAAAGCUCUGCUGAGAGGCUGUGAGCUGUCAGAGAGAAGCUGUGCAGCUCUGUCCUCAGUCCUCAGCUCCCAGUCCUCUGGUCUGAGAGAGCUGGACCUGAGUAACAACGACCUGCAGGAUUCAGGAGUGAAGCUGCUGUCUGCUGGACUGGAGAGUCCUCACUGUGAACUGAAGACUCUCAGGUUAACUAGCUGCAAGCUGUCAGAGAGAAGCUGUGCAGCUCUGUCCUCAGUCCUCAGCUCCCAGUCCUCUGGUCUGAGAGAGCUGGACCUGAGUAACAACGACCUGCAGGAUUCAGGAGUGAAGCUGCUGUCUGCUGGACUGGAGAGUCCACACUGUGAACUGGAGACUCUCAGUCUGUCAGGCUGUCUGGUCUCAGAGGAAGGCUGUGUUUCUCUGGCUUCAGCUCUGAGCUCCAGCCCCUCCCAUCUGAGAGAGCUGGACCUGAGCUACAAUCAUCCAGGAGACUCAGGAGAGAAGCUGCUGUCUGCUGGACUGGAGGACCCCCUCUGGAGACUGGACACUCUCAGGCUGGACCAUGGUGGAGAGCAGAGGCUAAAACCAGGUCUGAGGAAGUAUUCCUGUGAACUCACCCUGGACUCAAACACAGCACACAGAGACCUCAGACUGUCUGAGGACAACAGGAAGGUGACACGUGUGGGAAAGGAGCAGCCAUAUCCUGAUCAUCCAGAGAGGUUUGACUCCUAUCCUCAGCUGAUGUGCAGAGAAGCUCUGACUGGUCGCUGUUACUGGGAGGUCGAGUGGAGCGGAGACGUUGCUAUAUCAGUGACUUCAAGAGGAAUCAAGAGGAGAGGAAAGAAUAGGGACUGUUUGUUUGGAGGGAGUGAUGAGUCCUGGAGUCUGGGAUACUCGCAUUAUGGUUACUGUCUCUGGUACUGUACGAUGGUAAUACCCUCGUCCUCCUCUUCCUCCUCCUCCUCCUCCUCCUCCUCCUCCCCCUCUGGUAGAGUAGCAGUGUAUCUGGAUCUCCCUGCUCGCUCUCUCUCCUUCUACGAAGUCUCCUCUGACAAACUGAUCCACCUCCACACCCUCAGAACCAUAUUCACUGAACCUCUCUACGCUGGGUUUGGGGUCUGGUCUGAUGACUCCUCAGUGUCUCUGUGUCCUCUGUAGGAGGAGACCACUUCCUGUCCUGGGGUUUAAAUGUUGGUGUUUUAAAUCGAGGCUUCUCAUUGGUUAACAUGUGUCUCACUGAUUGUGUCUUUACUGUCAGAAGUGUGUUUUUGUCUUUCUUAAAAUGUUCAGAUUAGAUGAGAUCUCCUGCAGCUCGCCGUGUCCAACACACUGUUGAUUUUCAAUGUGAUAACGUUUUUUUGAAGCAACGUAUUAAAGCUGAUACUGAAGACUGUAGUGAUCGUCAUUACGUUUAAUAAAGGUUUAUAGACAGCGUCCAUGAUCUCA